GUUCAGCUUUUGAACCAACGAUUUGAGGAGCAAGUCAGUCUCAUUUCAACAAAGAUGAAUGAGGCAGAAGAGCGGCUGUUAAGUUUGCUAACAGGCAAGCUUAAUAGUAUGGCUGGUGAGAUCCAGAAUCUCACACAGAGAGUCCAGUUUCUAGAAAGUAGGCUGGGUGAGACUCAAAACCUUACAAAAAAGGUAGAGGAUCUGGAAGCCCAGCUUUUGUUAAAACUAGAUGCACAGGCUAAGGCCAAUGUCGCAUGCGACCUGAGGAUCCACGGAGUUCCGUACGUCGAAGGUGAAAAGCUGAAACACAUCUUCAACAACUUGUGCCUCAGCCUAAAUCACACGCCUGCGCCUGCUAUUAGGGAUAUCUAUCGUAUGAGGCCAAACAAAAAUCUUUCCCACUCCAUCGUUGACCCCAUCAUCAUUGUCAAGCUGGAACGGGUGCGCGACAAAGCGGCAUUACUGCGCAACAUCGCCCCAGUAUAUGUCAACGAGCAGCUUACCAGGGAAAACUACCAGAUUUUUAGAGAAGCUCUGAAAAUGAAGAAGCAUCGGAAGCUGCAAUCCGUGUUUACGCGCAGGGGUAUGGUUCACGUCAAAGUGACCCAAGAAAGUGAGAUCUGGGAAGUUCUUAAAAUUGAGGAUCUGAGUGAGAUGCAAGCUGCUACUGAGAGCCCUGCAGCUGGAGACGAGAAUAGCUCGUUUCGUCAAUAAUAUAACCAUAGGCAAAUUUUUCAUGUUAGCUAUAAGUAUUACCCAUCUAACCACCUUCCUGUAUUUUAUUUUUAAGUGGGCCCUUAACUGUACUUACUGUAAUGAAAUUUUUCGUUGUGUUAAAACACACUUGAUAUGGACGGUUCAUUAGAACUAACAAAUUUGAAUACAUCUCAGGUCCUCAGAAUUCUGGUGAAGCAAAAAUCGGGUCUGCAAAUCUGCCAUAUCAAUGCACAAAGCCUGACAAAAAAAAUUGACGAAUUCAGACAUAUGUUUAUCGACUCUGGUGUGGAUGUUAUAUGUGUGUCCGAGACUUGGUUUGUCCCCGACUUAAGUGACUCGUUAAUUGAAUGUAGAGGAUACAAUGUAUUUCGUUCUGAUCGUGUAGGGCAUGCCGGGGGCGUUGCAAUUUACAUAAAUAACAAGAUAUCCGCAAAAAUCCUCUGUAAGCAAGGACCAGAUAGUGCCAUAGAAUACUUAUUUCUAACGAUCACCAUCAAUAGAAGAAAGAUGCUUCUUGGUUGCAUAUAUCGACCAAAUCGAAACAUUGACUACUCAGACCUGACAUCACUUAUUACUGACAUUUCCUUGACUUAUACAGACGUAAUCCUAGCAGGUGACUUUAAUUGUGAUAUUCUUAGAGAAUCCUCAUUAGCAGAUAGCAUGUUGAGCCUUGACUUAAAUAUAGUGAACCACCAGCUCCCCACACACUUUACAAAAACAAGAAACACACUACUAGACCUAUUCUUUGUCGACAGUACUGACAAAAUUCUUCUAUAUGACCAACUCACAGCACCAGGGUAUUCAAAACAUGACCUUAUUUUCUUGACCUACGAUUUUAAUCCUGACUACGAUAAUUAUGACACCUUUUACAGAGACUUCAAGAACAUUGACCUUGAAAAACUACACACUGACAUUAGCAUCCUUGACUGGACGUCAAUACAUUAUAUGUUGUCUGUAAAUUCUCAGCUUGCCCAACUUCAAUCAAACAUUGACUAUCUUUACUGUGAACAUGUACCUAUUAAGAGAAAGACAGUCAA